UAAUUGUAAGCAAUGUUGACCUUUCUUAAAAAAAUCUUGGAACAUCUCAUCGAACAGAUACGCAAAUCUGCAGAAACAACAAAAGAGGAAGAAACAAACACAAACAAGAAUGCUGAUGCUUUUAUUGUUAGUGAAAGAUAUGAAGAAGUUCUAAAUUUAUCGAAAGAAAUAAAUUUGCUGUAUGAAAAAAGUAAACUUUCCAAAAGAGUUAAGAAAAUGAUGUAUCGGCUGAAAAUUAAGAUGAAUAAUUUAUUUAAUAAUUUUGCAAUUGGUUCAACAGAAAUCAAAUGUGAUGAUAUUCUAGUUCUUGCGAUGGCUCAUAUUAAUUUAGGUCGCAUAUAUCUUUACAAAGAAGAUAAUUUAAAUGUUGCUAAAGAUUAUCUUAUUAAAUGCACAGAGUUAUUGAAUGGAAAAGAGCUGCACUAUAAAUUUAUUUUGACAGCUAUCUAUGCACGUAUCUACUUAUAUGAGAUUUGGGAAAAAUUACAACAGUUAGAGAAUUGUUAUUCAUUAUUAGAUAAAGCAUUAGAACUAUAUUUAAGUUAUACAAAGGAAGAAGAUUAUCCAGAUCCUUUUAACAUAGAUAUCUUUUUACCGAACAAAGGAAACUCUAAAAUUAAUCUGAUUAAUAGUCAUAUAUUAACAUUAGACUAUAUGAAAAAAUUGUAUUGCCUUCAACCUACAAAUAUGCACAAAUUUGUAAUAUAUGUUCAUAAUUUAUUGAACAAGCAACUGAAAACAAUAAAAGACUCGACUGAAAAUCACAUAUUUUUAUGUUGGGCUGAAGCCUCAGCUGAAUUAUCUAUUUACUUUUUGUAUUCUAAUCGCUUUAUGGAAGCUAAAAUUCAUAUUGCUGCUGCGGAAUAUAUGACAGUGAUGUAUCGUAUAUCAUUAAUAACAGAUCUGGAUGCAAAAUCUGAAGAGAAAAUGUAUAACUAUCAUCUAGUCUAUAUGUUCAUCAAUCAACUUUGGGCAAUGUAUGGUAUUAUGCUUUUACGUUCAUCAAAAGAAAGAUUACUACAGCAUAAAAGUAAUAAAUCUUGUGAGGUAAAUAAUACAGAAUCAGAAUGUCAUUUAAAGUUAGAGAAAGAAAUAAUGAAACCUCUAACGUUUGUUGACUUAGAAAAAGAUUUAAAACGC